AAUUACAGCUAGAGAGAGAGAGUUAGAUCGAGUUAGAGAGAGAGAUGGAGUGAGACAGAAGUGUGCUAUCAAUGUUAUCACACCAGUUAACCCAAUAAAGGAACUACUGCCAAUCAGUAAUUUGAUUAGCAGCAGGGAAAACAAGCCAUCAGACUGAUAAAGAAGCCGUGAUUACUCUGCCCAGUAAUGGACCAGUUCAAAUUGUUAAUGGACCCUACACCUCGACUUCAGUUUCUGUCCGUGUGUAAAGCAUAUGUUUAUCUGCGAAGUCGGUGCAAGCGGUGGGGCCUGCACUACAUGCUCACACGACAGCACACGAACAAUAUUUGGCCCGGACGCAGACACCCUGUCUCCUGCCCUCAUCGGCAGCAGGUUUUAAUGGCAGCCGAACACUAAUGAUUAAAGGGCCGAGGUGUCUACGCUGGUAAGUGGCUGCUCGCUGGGUCACCAGCUGUUUCUCGCUCUCUGUCUCUCGCUGAGUGGCCAGGUAGACUUUGAAAACCUGGCCCGUGGAACAAAUGGAUUCACAACAGCACAUUAUCACCACCCCGCUACAUGGCUUGGUGGUGGAGUUAUUUUCUGAAGCAGUUGUUUGAGGCUGACCUGGCCCGCACACAUUCUGUGGUAGGGUGUGAAGUGACUUUCUUUUUAUUUAUUUAUUAAGGAAGCUACUCCUUUACAAACGGUUGUCUGUGGCUGUGGUGGCCGGACGUGCGACAUCGAUCUGUAAAAUGCUGCGGCCCGGAGAGAAUGAAGCGAUUCAGCGCACCCAGCCAGCAGCAGCAGCAGCAGCAGCACUAUCCUGACCCGACCCGCCCCCCGCACGGGGUGGAUGAUGACACUGCCAGCCUCAGCGAUGGCAGCAAGAAGGUGAAGACGGCACAGUCGUUCGAGUCUCUCUUUGACAACGAGUCUCACAGUGACGUCAUCAUCGACGUCAGUGACAGCCAGUACGUUUUCCACGCUCACAGGAUGAUCCUCAGCAUGAAGAGUGAGGUCUUUGCGUCGCUCCUCAACAACAUCGCAGCCGUCGAUGGCCAGAAGUCCAUACUGUAUCUGCAGGAGCAGCAGGAAUGCGGUCGAGUGUUCAGCCGGUUUCUGUACUUCAUUUACAGCGGUGCCGUGUGGCUCCACAGGGACUACGUCAUUCCGUUGCAUAAGCUGGCAGAAAAGUAUGCUGUGAGACCUUUGUGUUCACACUGUGAGAGCUAUAUUCACCAGCUUUUGUUAAACACUGUUUCUUCUUCUUCUUCUUCAUCAUCAUCAUCAUCAUCAUCCAGCUCUCGGGGAUUUAGUAUAGAUGUUGUGCAUGAUUUGUGUGAGAAUAACGGCAACACGGAGGACAUAAGGAAUCUGGCUUUCAAAGUGUUGUGCAUUCGGUUCAAGGAGUUCGUCCGCAGCGACCGAUGGGUGCACUGUUCGUGGAAGAUUGUGCAUGACCUGAUUCAGAGCCAGGACUGCAACGCUGAGGAGAGCUUCAUCCUGACCUCAGCGACCGACUGGAUGAAGAAGAACAAGCUUCAUGCCAAGGGUCAGAUAGAAGACAUCCUCUCAAAGAUUCGCUACCCUCUUCUCAACAGGAGGGUUCUGUAUCACCUGCAGAAAAACGGUGCUUUCAAAAACUUCCCCUGCGUGCAGCAUCUCGUAGACAAUGCGGUGAAGUAUCACUGCUUCAAGGAGUUACCCGAAGCGAAGGACGACUUCGUCGGUGUUCAGUUUGAGCAGCGUGACAACAGACUGCACCGGUCGCAGCCCGAGAUCAGCAACGCAGUGGCAACGGCUGAUAAUAACAACUGUAAUAUUGUGCAACAGUUAACAAAAACUAGUGAUCCGCCAUGACAUGGAUUGUAAAUUCACAAAUGGUUAUUAAUAUCAGUGUCAGGAUUCUAUAUAACUUCAGAUGUGAUGCAGUCAUCACAAGGCAAGGCAAGUGAUCACUUCCGCUCUCCGCCACACUCGUUUUAGGAGAUUUGCAAUAAAAUGUUUAAUGAAUUUUAUUUGAAACUUCAUGUACGUCUGGCAUCAUUUAACUUUUAAGGGGAGUGAUCUUCAGCUCGCCUUGACUUUACUCAUGGCAAAGACUGUGACAUAAAAAAAAAAAAUCACUUCAGUUUCAAUAUGGCAAUUUGCAAUAAAAUGUUUCAUGAAUUUCAUUUGAAACUUCAUGUAUGCGAUUGCUUGCCUGGCAUCAUUUAAGGAGAGUGAUCUUUAGCUCUCCUUGAUUUUACUCAAAGACUGUGACAUAAAAAAAAAAAUCAUUUCAGUUUCAAUAUGUCAAGUUCUUAUGUAAGAUGGCAUUAAAAUAAAUAAUAAAAUGGAAAGGAAUAUUUGUUCAAAAUGAAACGUAUUAUUAAAAGUGGAAAAGGAUGAGGGUUCUGUACAGUUUUACCGUAAACUCACUCUGUUCAGAUUUGUAGGUGGUCUUCCCAUCAUGUGAGGCGAGAUGUAGCUUAGUGGUAGAGUGUUGGUCAUGAGGUGCGGUGGGUUGCAGGAUCCACUGCCCUCAACAGACUUUCCCAUUCCAACCGGUUAACUACAACUGGUACAUCAAAGGCCAUCAUAUGUCUAUGAAAAAUUGCAUAUAAAAGACCCCUUGCUGCUUAACAUUAGGAGUAGCCUAUGUAGUGGCAUCAGGUUUCCUUUCUUAUCCUCUAUAAACCAAUGUCAAAAUAACCAUAUGUAGACACCAAAUAUUCUAAAAUGUGCUGAGAUGUCAUCAAACAAAUAUUCCUUUCCUUUCUAUCAAAUGAGAUCUAUCAAAGUCAUAUUGUUAAUGGGGACUUCAAAGAACUAACUAUCCUGAACUUGUAGCCAUUUAAUUGGAAUAUGCAGUUAAUCAAUCAACUCACACUUACUACUUCUGGGUAAAAAAACAGGCUUCUGCAAUAGCAAUAGUUUAGUUCGCGCAUCACUCGCGUAAGUAUAGUUUGCGUACCCGUUUUUCGUUCGUGCAUUGAAUUUAUGACAUCAUUUCAUUAUCAUGAUAGGUUAUGUAAAAAUGAAAUUGGUUACCUGAAUUUUUUUUUUUUAAAUGUGUGUAACCCAUAAAUGGGUUACGCAAAUUUUCAAUGCUCAGAGGCCUGGAAGGAAAAGCAUUAUAUCCAAAAAUAAAUUUAGAUUUCCUUUGACCCAGUUAUUUCUAAUUUUGUUCGGCGGUUAGUAGAAAAUUAAAUUGUUUUAUAUAAACUUAAUAUAUAGUAUUUAUAUUUAUAGGUAAAAGUCCAUAGUCAGCUACUACAAACAUUAAGAUGACCAGAAUGCAUUAAAUAUAUACAGCUUUCUAAAUCUUAAGAAACAAAAUAUAAACAUAUUGCUUUUUCAAUGAUUUAAAACAGCCAUACUAGAUUAUAAAAGAUAUUUGUAAUUUAAAUGAUAAAAUGUAACACAUUUUAAUUUUAAAUAUUUAAAAAAGCUGUAUUGGCCAAAAAGAUGUUACAAUGUUACAUGGCUACAAACUCAGAAUGGUGUCUCUACAUCUAGAGAAACAAAUUUACAAUUUCACAUUACAUCAAGAAUUUACUGUUAUCAUGGUUUCAGGACCAACAAGCUUUUUCAAUUACUUGGAAUAUUAGACUGUCUAUAAAUAUACACGAUUUUUCAAUUACUUGGAAUAUUAGACUGUCUAUAAAUAUACACGAUUUUUCAAUUACUUGAGAGUGUCAGACUAUCUAUAAAUAUGCAAGAUUUUUCAAUUACUUGAGAGUGUCAGACUAUCUAUAAAUAUACAAGAUUUUUCAAUUACUUGAGAGUGUCAGACUAUCUAUAAAUAUGCAAGAUUUUUCAAUUACUUGAGAGUGUCAGACUAUCUAUAAAUAUACAAGAUUUUUCAAUUACUUGAGAGUGUCAGACUAUCUAUAAAUAUGCAAGAUUUUUCAAUUACUUGAGAGUGUCAGACUAUCUAUAAAUAUACAAGAUUUUUCAAUUACUUGAGAAUGUCAGACUAUCUAUAAAUAUACAAGAUUUUUCAAUUACUUGAGAGUGUCAGACUAUCUAUAAAUAUACAAGAUUUUUCAAUUACUUGAGAGUGUCAGACUAUCUAUAAAUAUGCAUGUAUUUAAAUUAUCACUGCCAACCUAACUAUCAGUUUAUAAUCUGAAUAACUACAUUUCUCAAGCUUCUAUAUUAAAAAAUUUAUAAUUCAUUAAUUAAAUUUUCAACCACUAAUAACGUUACAGCUAAAGCAGUUUAAUAUCAAUAUUCACAUGUAUACAUUUAUUUUCUUUGUUUUAAAAGAACAUGAAGAAGUAUAAAUAUACGGCGGUUUAAUAUCAAUAUACAUGUAUAUGGGUAUUUAUAAAAAAUACCUUUCUUUGUGUAAUAUGUUUUAAUUUUAAAAGAAAAUUAAAAAAUAUAUAUACAUGAGAGGCAGUUUGAUAUCAGUUUUCAUGACAGUAUAUUUAUAAAAAAUUACCUUCUUUGUCUAAUUUGAUUAUAAAAUACAUUGGAAAUGCCAACAUGUACCUAACAACUCACUGUAAAAAAGAGAAGAUCUUAGUCACAGCAAAAAUGACUUAGGAAUUAAAUAUAGAAAAUUAAUUAACAAAGUAUAUAAUAUGUAUGCUUUUAAAAAAAAUUCUGUGAAGAUACCGAACAAAUACAGCAUGUGUUUUUAGAAAGAAAACCAAUCAAAACCACAUGCGUAAGAUACCUUUACAAAUAUGACAUGUAUUAUUAACAAGAAAAACUAUCAAACCUACAUGAAUAUGUAUGGCAUUUGCUAUGGAAUAUGUGUAUAUUUAUCUUAUUUGUCAUGGCAGGCCCGAGAGUGGGUCAUAAUUAAUAAUAUGUAAAUAAACGAUUUGUAAAUGGUUA